AUGGCUCAGUCCAUCCAGCUUCAAGAGGCAUCCGUUUAUGGCCUCGACAAUGCCUCCAACAAGGUUGAUGCCGCCCAGUUGGACGCCCCUUCUCCUCUGCGACUCACAGCAUUCUCACCGACAGUCAUUUUUGGAUUCUCCUUGGUUGUCCUUUUCGUGCUGGCCAAGGCUUUUGGUCUAGGCAAGAAACAGAAACUCCCGCCAGGCGUAAAACGGUUACCAAGGCAAUGGGGGUUGCCCUAUGCUGGUCAUUUCUGGGAUGUCCCAGGUCCUGGAAUUGAGGCCGCUUGGCACUUUGGCAACCUUCACAAGACCAUGGGGCCUAUCUAUGAGUGGAAAGUCAUGGGCACCCUUCAUAUUUGGAUCGAGACGGACAAGAUCGCUCACGACCUCUUCGUCACGCGCCAACGAAAUUAUUGCGAUCGCAACGCUCUCCCCGGUGCUGUCGGCGUCCGGGAGGGAUCUGAGAUUCUCCCGCUAAUGGGUUACGGUGAACAAUUCAGACGCUACAAGAACUUCAUGCAUCUCAUCAUGAGACAUGCGAACCCGCGCACGUUUUACGGCUGGCCGGCGGACGAGAACAAGCGGACUGUGCGUCGUCUUCUGGAGUCUCCUGAGCGCUGGUCCGAGCACAUGCUGGUGCACUGUGCCCGUACCAUCGCCGGUGUGGCUUGGGGCGACCCAGAGCACGGCAGCAAGCUCCUUACAAUCAUUCCGGUCAUUCUUAAGGCAGUUUCGCCCGCGGGACCUAUUGUCAACAAGCUCACCUUUCUCGCCAACUUGCCUGAGGCCAUCUCGCCUUUCAAGCAAGCAGAAAAAGUUCGCAAGCAGGAGAUGACAGAUGCUUUUUGCGAGGCUCUCCAAGACGUUAAAGAGAAACACGAUGCCGGCAACGCGCCCGAGUGCUGGAGCCGCAUAUGGCUGGAGAAGGAGAAAGGUGCCGAGCAUUUGAGCUAUUACGAGGCCGCUCAUGCUAUCGGCUCUAGCUCCUUUGUCGCCAUCGCAACAGUCGGAGGUCCUCUCCACGCUUUCUUCCUUGCUAUGUGCCACUAUCCUUCAUGGCAAUUAAAGGUGCAGGAGGAAAUCGAUGAGGUUUGUGGUGACCGUGUCCCGACAGCUGCUGACUUUCCGCGUCUGCCACGCCUACGAGCGACCGUCAAGGAGAUCAUCCGCUGGCGUCAGGCCACCCCGCUCGGUGUCCCUCAUGUUGCGAUGGAGGACGAUGUUUACGAAGGCUACUUUAUUCCCAAAGGCGCCAUCUUGCACGCCAAUCACUAUCUGAUCUCUCGCGAACCCAGCCUAUAUCCGCGCGGCAAUGAAUUCAUCCCUGAAAGAUGGCUGGAACCGGAAUAUCCCACCUAUCAGGAGCCACUGACCGAAUUCCCCAACCUUCGCGGCGACAAGGCAUUCGGCUAUGGUAAUCGGGGCUGCCCAGGUGUCGAUCUCACUCAGAUGGAGCUCACGUCCCUAAUCGGUUCGAUGAUGUGGGCCUUCGAAAUCAAGCGCUCAGAAGGUCUCGCUGGCCGCGAUAACCCCGUGCCAUGGUAUGAAACCGCUCCGUGGGUCAUCACUAUGUCGAAGCCGUUCCCAUGCUCGGUGCGUGUACGGAGCGAGGAGAAGCGGCGAAUCAUCCUCACCGAGUUCCCUGAGGGCGCCACGCUGGUCAAGGCGACGCCUGAGGAGCGCAAGACACGUUGGGAUGUCUCCCGCAAGCAUGGAGAGGAGCUAUAUGCCUGGGAUGGCCUCGCUGAGCAGGCGCCUAAGACUGCACGCACGUACGGCCCUGGCGUGUAA